UCUUAUUCGACAUGAUCUUGAAAACAAAUCCAGGACAAGACGAGACGCUAUCAGUAUGGAAGACUUUGGCAGCCCGACCAGGAAAGCACUAUAUAAGAGGGCAGACACAGGGGGACGUCACUCUCCAGGCAACAGACACGACAACAUGCUUUUUGUGACCCUCGCCGCCUUGGUCUCCGUGGCCGCCGCCGCCACCCAGUACGCGCCGCCCCCUCCCGGGAGCUACGAGGAUUCCCGCGAUUUCAUUCCCAUCCUGAAGGACAACCGCGUGCAGGAGGAUGACGGCAGGUACAACUUGGACGUGGAGACCGGCAACGGCAUAUUCCUGUCCCAGUCUGGCGCUCCUGACGGGCCCGAGGGCGCCGUGAUCAAGGCAGGAGAGUUCUCCUACACCGCCCCUGACGGCACGCCUGUUCACGUGAAAUUUGUCGCCGACGAGAACGGCUACCAGCCCCAGUCUGACCUGCUGCCCGUGGCGCCCGAGUUCCCGCACCCUAUCCCGCAGUUCGUGCUGGACCAGAUCGCCUUCGCCGCCGAAGAGGACGCCAGGCGGCCCAAGACUCCCUCGGGCACCUACAGUGCCCCCAUCAUCCUCGCUACUCUUGCCGUGGUGGCCGCCGCUGCCCCACAGCAGUACUAUGACAACUCCCGCGAGGUGGUGCCCAUCCUGAAGGACGAGCGUCAGCAGGACGAGUACGGCAGGUACAACCUGGACGUGGAGACCGGCAAUGGCAUCGUCCUGGCCCAGUCUGGCUCUCCCGACGGCCCUGAGGGCUCCGUCGUCAAGGCUGGACAGUACGCUUACACCGCUCCUGACGGCACUCCCGUUGUGGUCAAGUUUGUCGCCGACGAGAACGGCUACCAGCCCCAGUCCCCCCUGCUGCCCGUGGCCCCCGAGUUCCCCCACCCCAUCCCCCAGUUCGUGCUGGAUCAGAUCGCCAAGGCCGCCGAGGAGGACGCCAACCGCUCCCGUGAGGACAGAUAUGACUAACUCCUCCCCUGCCACCUCAGGCGACGCCAGUCCUCCUAACCUUAGGUCACUCAUCCUAUAAACUUAUAUACGUUCACGCUGACUACAUGCACACUGCGCAGCGCCAUGUUGGCACUAUUUAUUUCAUAUUUUGUAUAUAAGACUAUUGUUUAUCUUAAAUAAAAGUACAACACUGCA